UGUCUUUCAAUCAAUCUGGUGCUGUCGGUGAAAAUGAAAGUUUACGCGGUACUCGUUGUGAUCGGUGCAAUUUUUGGAGACUGUUGCUCACAGAAGUACACAGAACAAGAAAAAGCUGUUGUGAUAAAGAACCGAGAUGAAUGCAUCGUCGAGACAAAAGUCAACCCGGCAUUGCUGGAAAAAGCAGACAAAGGACUCUUCGUAGAUGAUCCAAAGUUACAUUGCUUUAUCAAAUGCUUUUACCAGAAGACUGGUUUUGUGACGGAAUCUGGAGAACCAAUCCUUUCCAACAUUAGGAACAGGCUGCCAGCCAGCAUGGAUAAGGACAGGGCGAUAGAAUUGGUGAAGAAAUGCCAACAAAGCAGGAAAGGAAGAAAUCCAUGCGAAAACGUUUACUUAAUUCAUAAAUGCUAUUAUGAAAAUACUGUACCAGAUGAUGGACAGGCAACGAAAAAGACUGGUUGAGGAAGCCAGUGUCACUUAGAUAAUGAUAUUUCAAUCAGUUACAGAGACUAAUGUCUGUUUUUGAAAUUGAUGAGAACGACAUUCAAUUAGAAACGGCCAUAGAUAUUUAGGUCAAUAUAGUGAUCUCUCUGGAAAUAUAAUUUAAAAUUCAAUCACAGUUGGCUUAAUUAUACAUGUUUCUUGACAAUUAAAUCUAUCCCUAAAAGCUUUUGGGGUGAGUAUCUUGCUAUAGCUAAUGGAAAAAUAAUUCACAAACUAAAUUAAAGGAUUUUCUUGAUACUGUUGCUUAUGGAUUUGCUUCAAAUGUGAGUAAAGAUAUUUUAUUAUCCUAGCUGAUCUAGUUUCUUUUAAUUUUCUAUCUUCCUUUUUAUUAUUUUCUCUCUUUAUAAACUUGAUCAACUUAUUUUGCACUUCUGAUAGAAAAGGCCGUUAGGCAGCUCUAUCGAACUUUUCCACUGGAGAGAGGCUACAGAAGCUUGCUCCAUUCUAAAAGAACUUGAUCAACUUACAGAAUUGUAUGGAGAAAAUUGACUUUAAACAUGUUUUAUUGGGACUUUUUACUUUAUCGACAUUUUAAAUAUUCAGUUUAAUUAGUUUGUUAUUAUCUUGUAAUCACAAAAUGAAAGAAUCACUCCUUAGGGUUAGAUUAAUGCAAAAAAGCAAGUUUUAAAAAAAACCUUUAUCCACUUGUGUUCAAUUGUAGGACGCCUCUAUGGCCUCCUUUAUUUUGAUAGUUUUCUACUCUGUUCCGUGUCAGCGCUCUAUUUUGAGGUUAUAUCACAAAUAUCUAUUUCCAUCAAAUUGUUCAUACUUUUGAUUUAUAUAUUUCAUUUUAUCAGCAUGAAAUUUCCUGCAAUUCAAAAAAAAAGCUACACAAUUAGGAGAGUGCUGACGCUGACAAGGAACAGUAGAAAUCUAGAAAUACCCCAGCUAUACUGAAUGAGAGAAAAUACUGAAAAUCAAAGCCAUAAAGGCGUUCUACAAUUGUAGGAACGUCUGGCGAUAUGGCCCUACAGGAGCGAUAUAUAGCCAGCAACAUCGCUAGCAACAGCACCUAGCCAAUGCAACAUAAAAUCAGCAUGACCCGUGUACACGUUUAACGUUUCCGAUAUAUUUUCACAUAUUGCCGUGAAUGUAGUGUAAUCUAAUCUGCCGCUAUGCGUACAAUUUCUUCAACCAUUCUUGUCCGAUUAUUUAAGUGUACGUGUCUACAUAUUGCGGGCAAUAAUGACGAGAAAUAUAUAUGCUGCAAGAUAUGUUACAAUGACUGGACUAUAGUUGCAAAUUUUAUUGCCAAUUGCCCGAUUGUUUGGAAGCUUUUUCAAAAACCUACGUAACAAUUUUUGUGACACUAAAAUGAAGUCAUGUAAAAUCAGCCAACUGUAAAUUUAUUAAGGAAAGGCAAUGACCGUGAGAUACUAAAUUUGUUAUUCA